ACUCCCUAUAGGAUCCUCGUUGACACCAUGGUUCAUAUCAGGUCUACUUUACUUCGCGUAAUGCCAAAGCCUGCGACGAGACUGCCGAAGAGCUGAACGCUCUAGGCAUGGGCACGUGCAUCCCUCUACCUGCUGAUCUCCAGAAAGUUAUCGAGGUCGAGCGGCUCGUAAAGGAGAUUUCAUCGAGAGAGACAGCUUUGCACGUACUCGUGAAUAACGCUGGCGCAGGAUGGGAGGUCGGGAUUGACAAGCAACCCGUAUGUCCAGCGUCCCGUCUACUGCAGACUCAUUGAACUGCCCUAAUGCCAGGAUGAAGCAUUCACGGAAAUCAUCACUCUGAACCUCCAACGUGUCUUCACGUUGACUCAAAAGCGCUGCCCUUAUUCCGCACUGCCGCCAAGCAGGGCGGCCGGGAAGGGCUCAGCUGGAAUGACCCCGCCAGAAUCAUCAAUGUGC